CAGCUCCGGUCAUAUCGCUCCAUCACUAUUCACCAAUAGUAACUAGUAAGAUUUGUUUAUAUCCAGCCUUCAUUAAUUAAAACAGCCAUAAACUGUAAAAAAAAAAAGAAGUAGAUUAUUGAUGAGCUGAGACUCUCGUUGGAAAACGACAAAGAGUAUCGAAAAACAAAAAGAAUAAAUGACUCGACUAGUGGCGAACUGAAGAAGUAAAUAAAAACGCUUGUUAUCUGUUCGAUCGAAUACUUCAUUCGUUUGAAAUCAAUAACUGUUGUUUUUUCUCCUAAAAUUGUGGUAUUUCUGAAUAAAAGAAAUGUCUGAUGAAUCUUCUUCUUCAUUUGAUACUACCGAUAUAAAAGAAGAGGCAGAACAGGAAGUUAAUCAUGAAGAAGAAUCAGAACAAGAAAUUUAUCAUGAUGGACUUGUUCACGUGAAAGUAGAAACUGAGAUGCUUGUUCAAGAUGAAGAUGAAGCUGAUACUACUGAUAUAAAAGAAGAGGAGGAACAGCAGACUUGUUACGAUGGGGUUGUUCACGUGAAACAAGAAAGUGAAAUGCUUGUCAAAGAUGAAGCAGUUCCCAAAAUUGAUAUCACUGAGGAGGAGGGACAACAGUAUUAUUAUGUUCCCAAAAUUGAUAUCCAAGAAGGAGAGAAAAAGCAGAUUCGUGAUGGUGCCAAUAACAGUGGCCAUAAAGAUGAGGAAUCCCAUUACUGUUCUCAGUUUGACCUCAAAUCUGUUAUACCUUAUGAUGUGAAGAAACAUAUAAUGGUCCAUCACACUGGUAAGAAGCCUCUCCACUAUCCUCAGUUUGACUUUAAAUCUGUUACACCUUAUGAUUUGGAAAGACAUAUAAUGGCCUGCCACAAGGCUAAGAAGCCUCAUCACUGUCCUAAAUGUGACUCUAAAUUUGUUACACAUCCUCUGCUAAAAGCUCAUAUAAUGGCCCAUCACACAGGCGAGAAGCCUUAUGACUGUCCUCAGUGUGACUUUAAAUCUGCUACAUCUCUGCAGUUGAAAAGACAUGUAAUGGCCCAUCACACAGAUGAAAAACCUUAUCACUGUUCUCACUGCGAUUAUAAAUCUGUCAGAUCUCAUAGUUUGAAAAGGCACAUAAUGGCUCGUCACACCGGUGAGAAACCAUAUGACUGUCCUUAUUGCGAUUAUAAGUCUGUUACAUCUCGGCAGUUGAAAAGACAUGUAAUGGCCCAUCACACAGGCGAGAAGCCUCAUCAAUGUCCUCAUUGUGACUUUAAAUCUGUUACACCUCAGCAAUUAAAAAUACAUGUUAUGGCCCGUCACACAGGUGAAAAGCCUUAUCACUGUUCUCACUGUGAUUAUAAAUCUGUUGUAUCUCAAAGUUUAAAAACACAUAUAAUGGUCCAUCACAUAAAUAAGAAGCCUCGUCAGUGUCCUCAAUGUGACUUUAAAAGUGCAACGCCUCGUAAUUUGAAAACGCAUAUAAUGGCCCGUCAUACAGGUGAGAAGCCUUAUCACUGUCCGCUGUGUGAUUUUAAGUUUGUUACAUCUCAGCAGUUAAAAAGACAUAUAAUGGCCUGUCACACAAGUGAGAAACCGUAUCAUUGUUUUCAUUGUGAUUAUAAAUCUGUUACAUUGCAGCAAUUGAAAGUACAUAUAAUGGUCCAUCACACAGGUGAGAAGCCUUGUCACUGUCCUCAGUGUGACUUUAAAUCUGUUACAUCUCAGCAGUUAAAAAGACAUGUAAUGGCCCGUCACACUGGUGAGAAGCCUUAUCACUGUUCUUACUGUGAUUAUAAAUGUAUUACUUCUGAUAGUUUGAAAAUACAUAUGAUGGCCCGUCACACUGGUGAAAAGCCUUAUCACUGUCCUCAAUGUGAUUAUAAAUCUGUUGUAUCUCAAAGUUUGAAAAGACAUAUAAUGGUCCAUCACAAACAUAAGAAGCCUCGUCAAUGUCCUCAAUGUGACUUUAAAUGUGCUACACCUAGUAAUUUGAAAACACAUAUAAUGGCCCGUCAUACAGGUGAGAAGCCGUAUGACUGUCCUCAGUGUGACUUUAAAUCUGUUACAUCUCAGCAGUUGAAAAUACAUGUAAUGGCUCGCCAUACAGGUGAAAAACCUCAUCAAUGUCCUCAUUGUAAUUAUAAAUCUGUUACAUCUCAGCAGUUGAAAAGACAUAUAAUGACUUGUAACAGAGGUAAAAAACGUUAUCAUUGUUUUCACUGUGAUUAUAAAUCUGUUACAUUUCGUUCGUUGAAAAGGCAUGUAAUGGCCUCUCAUAUAGUUGGAUGAAACCUUAAAAUGGGAGACUAAUUAAGAAUUUUUAUUUUCUUGAAAAUAUUUAUUUCUUGUUGAAGACAGAGUAGUUGAGAACAGUAUGAAAGAAGCAGUAUGUUAGAAGUCCUGAAAGGAUUUUUGGAUGAAUCUUUGCAACCAAGAAUAAAACAUCGAAGUGGACCCUUAAUGGUUUGGGGAUGUGUUUCUAGGAGUAGCAUUGGAGACCUUUAGAGAUUUUCUGGAAAAAAUUUAUAUAAAAGGAUACCAUAACAUGCAAUACCACCUGGGCUUUAUCUGUUUGGACAGAUGCUCAACCUGUCCAUUGCUAUUUCCCCACUUUUCAAAGCAAGCAAGAUGAUGGAUGAAAACUUACUAAGGAAGAAGUCAUCAUACCACCUUAAUGCAUUCAUGGAUUUUCAACAAGAAAGAACUCAAAACUUGGAUAUAGGGUCAUUGAAAAUUGAAUGAUAAAGGUAUUGUUUUUUAUUUAAUAGAAUCCGUGCAAUUGACUGAAGAAUGUAUUUGUUUAAAAUAGUUGAGAAAUUAUCGUUACUCUGUAUAUCCAACAGUACUGAUCACUGUUGAUAACGUAUUUUUAGUCGUUACAAUAUUUAUGAGUAUGAAGAAAAUCGUUAUUGGUGUCAAUACUUGCGUGCCAAUGACAGUGGCCAUAAAGAUGAGGAAUCCCAUUACUGUUCUCAGUGUGAACGUAAAUUUGCUACAUCUCGAAAUUUGAAAAGACAUAUAAUGUUUCGUCAUACAGGUGAGAAGCCUCACCAAUGUCCCCACUGUGACUUUAAAUCUGUUACACCUAAUGAUUUGAAAGGGCAUAUAAUGGCCCGUCACACAGGUGAGAAGCCUUAUCAUUGUUCUCAGUGUGAUUAUAAAUCUGUUACACAUAACGAUUUGAAGAAACAUACAAUGGCCCGUCACACUGGUGAGAAGCCUCAUCAAUGUCCCCAAUGUGACUAUAAAUGUGUUACACGUCGUCAGCUGACGGGACAUAUAAUGGCCCGUCACACAGAUGAGAAACCUCAUCAAUGUCCUGAAUGUGAAUAUAAAUGUGUUACAAGUCGUCAACUGAAAAUACAUAUAAUGGCUCGUCACACAGGUGAGAAGCCAUAUCACUGUUCUCUCUGUGAUUAUAGAUCUGUUAAACCUAAUGAUUUGAAAAGACAUAUAAUGGCCCGUCACACAGGUGAGAAGCCUUAUCAUUGUUCUCAGUGCGAUUUUAAAUUUGUUACGCCUAAUGAUUUGAGGAGACAUAUAAUGGCCCGUCACACAGGUGAGAAGCCAUAUAACUGUCCCCAUUGCGAUUAUAAAUCUGUUACAUUUCAGCAAUUGAAAAGGCAUAUAAUGGCCCAUCACAUUGUUCCAUCAUACCCUAAAACGAGUGUCUAAUUUUGACAACAUCGAAUGUACAUGAAAUUUUAAAGAUGUUUCUCAUGGCAAAAUUGAAUUCCAAUUUUGCCAUGAUGGACAGAAAAAACGUGAUUGAUUAGUUCAAUCAAUGAGCUUAUUGCUCAUUAUUGCAGGAUACUUAUUGCAUCCUCUAUAUGUAUAUAUUUUUUGUAUAAACAAUAAAACACUAUCACAGUUAA